GAGUAGUAGCAAGUUGUUUCUUAUAACUGUAUGUAUGUGUGUAUGUAAACCACACCAAUAUAUGUAAACACAUAGCAGAGAAAAAAGGUUAUGGAAUCGAAGAGAACAAGUAUGGGGGGUUCACUCUUGGUGCCUAGUGUACAAGAACUCGUGAAGGAACCACUUAUAAAGGUUCCAACCCGAUACGUUCGCUCCCAUGAGGACCUUCCGCCCACUUCAUGUUUGUCGUCUUCACUAUGUGAAGUACCCGUCAUUGAUAUGCACCAUUUAUUAUCUAAGGAUUCAACUACUCAUGAAUUGGAAAAGCUACACCUUGCUUGUAAAGACUGGGGUUUCUUCCAGAUGAUAAAUCACGGGAUAAGUUGUUCACUGGUGGAGAAACUGAAGGAAGAAAUACAAGAAUUCUUCAAGUUGCCAAUGGAGGAGAAAAGUAAGUUUUGGCAAAAAGCCGGAGAUUUUGAGGGAUUUGGACAGAUUUUUGUGGUGUCGGAGGAGCAAAAGCUUGAUUGGGCUGACCUGUUUACCUUGCUUACCCUCCCCCGUCAUUUUAGGAAGCCACACUUGUUUCCUAACCUACCUCUUCCAUUCAGAGAUGCCCUAGAAGCAUACUCAGCAGAAAUGAAGAACAUUUCCCUCACAACUCUCAUCUUCAUUGCAAAUGCUUUGAAAAUGGAGGUUGAGGAUAUGAAAAUAUUAUAUGAUGAAGGAACACAAUUUAUGAGGAUGAACUAUUAUCCACCAUGUCCAGAGCCUGAACAAGUUAUUGGGCUGAGCCCUCAUUCAGAUCCUCUUGGAAUCACAUUCCUCCUCCAAAUCAAUGAAGUGCAAGGUCUCGAAAUAAAAAAAGAUGGCAAUUGGGUACCGGUUAAACCUCUCCCUAAUUCAUUCAUCGUCAAUAUUGGGGACCACAUGGAGAUCUUGUCAAAUGGAAUAUAUAAAAGCAUUGAGCAUCGAGCAACUGUGAACUUGGAAAAGGAGAGGCUUUCUAUAGCCACAUUUCUCGGGCCUAAAUUGGAUGGGGAUUUGGGACCAGCACCAAGCCUAAUCACUUCCGAUACACCACCAAGAUUUACAAGAGUAAGUGGUAUGGAUUUCUACAAGAACUUCUUUUCGAAGGAACUUAAGAGCAAAAGAAACCUUGAGCAAUACCAUAUAUGAUUGAUAGUGUUUACUAUCCCAUUGUACUCAUAAUGAUGCCUAUAUAUUGUAACAUAGCAUGACCAUGUGAUUUGUCUAUUUAGAAUGUUGGUUAUGAUUUUAACUGAAGAUGUGAAUAAAUGAAGGAUAACUGAUCUUUGGUUUGAGACUUUGAGGGGAAUAUAAUGAUCUACAAAUUGAUCGCUA